AUGUCUAAAGUGUUUUUCGAUGUCGAAGCUGAUGGCCAAGCCUUAGGUCGUAUCACUUUCCAACUAUACAACGACGUUGUCCCAAAGACCGCUGAAAAUUUCAGAGCUCUAUGUACCGGUGAAAAGGGUUUCGGUUACGCUGGUUCUCCAUUCCACAGAGUCAUCCCAGACUUCAUGUUACAAGGUGGUGAUUUCACUGCAGGUAACGGUACUGGUGGUAAGAGUAUCUACGGUGGUAAGUUCCCUGAUGAAAACUUCGUCAAGAGACAUGAAAGACCUGGUCUUUUGUCCAUGGCUAACGCUGGUCCAAACACUAACGGAUCUCAAUUCUUCAUUACUACUGUUCCAUGCCCAUGGUUAGACGGUAAGCAUGUUGUAUUCGGUGAAGUCAUUGACGGUUACGAUAUCGUUAAGAAGAUUGAAACUAUGGGUUCCCCAUCUGGUGCUACUAAGGCUAGAUUAGUCAUCGCCAAGUCUGGUGAAUUAUAA